AUGUUAGAAAAAAGCGAAGAAAAUACGAUCAUUGAUUCCUCUGGUGAUGAUGAAGAAUUUCAGUUAGUUGAUGAGGAAUCUUCUUCAGAUGAACUAUUGUUAAAUAAUAACGAAUCGUUAGCAGUACCUGAAUAUGUAGAAGAAUUAGAUACAGAAAAUACAUUCACAAACAUAAAUAUGAAUGAUUUUUGGAUUCUUUUAUGGAUCUUCAAAUAUCAAGAAAGAUUCAGGCUUUCAGAUAUUGCAGUCGAUUCAUUAAUCAAAUUCUUCAGGGUAGUACUAUCCGAUGCUAAUGAAAAAUGA